AUGGCUCCCUUGAAACUAGCAAUUGUGGGUGGGGGCCCGUCCGCGUUCUACGUGGCCUCCCGCUUGCUUUCUCUCCUACCCGAGUCCAGCUCGAGGGCAUCCCAGCUCAAAAUCCAUAUGUAUGACCGUCUCUGGGCACCAUAUGGUCUGGUGCGAUAUGGCGUGGCUCCAGACCACCCUGAAGUCAAGAACUGCACGCACAAAUUCGCAGAAGCCGCCGCAGACCCACGGCUCCGCUUCUUCGGCAACGUCAACGUCGGCAUCCCUGCGCCGAUCACACACACGCUGCCACUCUCGCUCGAGGCGCUCUUCCCCCACUACACCCAUGUGCUCUUCUCUACUGGCUGCACUGUACCCGUUCUCCACUCCGCCCUCCCCCCAUCGCAGUUUUGUGUCCCUGCGCUGUCACUCGUGCACUGGUAUACACAGCACCCGUCCAGGCCAACACCUCCUCCGCUCGAGCGGAUCUCGCACGUCACGCUCGUUGGCCAGGGAAAUGUCUCGCUUGACGUUGCGCGGAUGCUUCUAACGCCACCCUCCGUGCUCGCCAAGUACGACGUGCCAAAGCCAGUCCUGGAAGUCCUCGAACGCUCCAACGUGCAGCAUGUAUCGAUCCUUGGGCGCCGCGGACCGUUCCAAGCCGCAUUUACGACGAAGGAACUCCGCGAGAUGAUGAACCUACCCGACGCGUCUAUGGUUCCCCUCGACCCAGCGUACCUGACCGUACCAGAAGGCAGUCCCAAGCUCACUCGCCAGCAGUCGCGCACGCUCCAGCUCCUGCAGAAGGGCUCCAACAAUAAGCCCGGCACAACCAAGAAGACGUGGUCGCUGGAUUUUUUCCGCUCGCCUACAGGUCUCACAACCCCAAAUGCGGCUGGGGACAAGGCCCGUCUCUCCCUGGGACACACGAUGCUCGACCCGAAUAACCGCGCGGUGCCUACUGGAGAGACGUCUACACUAGAAACCGACCUUAUCAUCACCUCCCUCGGGCACCACGCUGAGCCCAGUGCGCCCUGGUACGAUCCCUCCCUCAACCACCUGCGUACGUUGAGCGGCCGGGUCGUCGAUGCGGGCGGUCGUAUUGUCCGCAACGUCUACGCGAGUGGCUGGGCGGCUACGGGUGCGCGCGGGGUGCUCGUGUCCACCAUGAUGGACGCGUAUGCAGUGGCUGACACCAUCCUGCGCGACCACUUCCCGGAGGAAGACGUACACACAACGCCGAUAAGCGAGUCGGAUGCGGGGGCUGGCAGCGGGCAAGACACUCCGGCGGCGGAAGCGAUCGAGGUGCUGCCAAAGCACGUUGAGGCUGACACGUUCCCGCCGGAGGUUGAGGCUGGCUUGAGGGAGGGCCGGGUCACGGACUUUGACGACUGGAACGCUGUGGACGCUGAGGAGGUCCGCCGCGGUGAGGCUAUGGGGAAGGAGCGCGAGCGGAUGGUCUGGGAGGAGGCGCGCGAGUUCCUUGCGAGUGCAAGGCCUCGGAAUGAUUAA